AUGCAAAUGGCGAUGAUUGCAUUCUCCUAUAAUGGUAUGAUAGAGGAUCGGAUCAGUACAUCGAUCUCAAGUUAUUCAACGAUAGAGGACAGAACCGAAACCCAUCGCCUUCCCUCCGCUUUGAUCAUAGGAGUUCGCAAAGGUGGUACACGAGCUCUGCUCGAUGCUAUGGCUCUACAUCCGAAAAUUCGCGCAGUUCGCAAAGAAACCCAUUUCUUCGACUUGAAUUUCUCCAAAGGAAUCGAUUGGUAUCGAUCUCUUAUGCCACUGAGCACCCCUGAUCAGAUAGUCGUUGAAAAAACGCCUGGAUACUUUACCUCUGCUUCAACUCCGAAACGUAUAGUCGUUGAGAAAACGCCUGGAUACUUUACCUCUGCUUCAACUCCGAAACGUCUUCGUCGAGUGGAAACCUUUCUGAACCUAUCACAUUCAAUAACUAACAAUCAGCUGAUAUUCAACGAACGCAAGGGAUUUUUCUGUUUUCUGCGAACUCCAACAUCUCGUGUGCGAUGUCUCGGUAACUCUAAAGGACGACCACAUCGAGAAAUUUCUGAUAAGGUCAUUGCCAAGUUACGCGCUAAUCUCAAAGAACACAAUAUGCGAUUUUUCGCUCUUGUCAAUAGAAUGUUUGCUUGGUGA